AUGAAGACAUCCCUUCUUGCUACGGCCGCCUACAUUGCCGUCGCGACGGCGGCGCCCACGUGUUCGUCCGAGACCCUUGCUGUGUGGCAAGCCAAUGGGUUCCAAGCGGUCGAUUCCAGUUUUCGUGCGUGUGCCAAGGACACGAAUGUGUCCGUGUCGUCCCUCUCUGGCAACAGCGUGCAGAACGCGACGCAACUGAUGGUCGACAAGUUCACCAAGAGCCCCAACUGCGUUGCCGUCUUCACCACCGUCCGUGCCGCGUCCAUCGCCGUGCUUCCGUCGUGCAUUGUUGGUACCAUGUGCGGCGACUACGUCACGUCGGGCCAACUCGGCGCACUCACCUACGACCAGUUUGUGCAAGCGUUGCUGUCCACGCCCAAGUGCAAAAUUCCCGACGAGCCUUCGAGUGCUGUGGCCAAGAUCCCCACUCUUCCGCCGAGUGCCAGCGUUCUGUCCAGUGCCACGACACUCGGGCUCGGCACCGUUGCCGCCGGCACGCUUGUCCUUGCACUCUUGUUCUAA